AUGAGAUCUCAUUGGGCCCAAUUCUGGCUCCCUUUGCUCCUCGCCACUAACGUCUCCGCCGGUCCUGCCGCUUAUGGAGUAUGCCAGGCUGGCUGUGCAGCCCUAGUUAUGGCCUGCUAUUCUGCUGCAGGCUUCACAUGGGGUGUUGCGAUGGGUGCAACCAUACCUGCUUCUAUAGUUACGUGCAACUCGGCGUUCGGAACAUGCCAAGCAGCAUGCGCCUCUGUGUUGCUGGCACCGACGUUGUGA